GUGUCAUCGUCACAUUCGUCGAUUUCAUAGAAAAUCCAAAAGAGUCCAAAAUCCAUAGCCAAAAACAAAUCAAAAUUCUUCUGAAUAUUCCCCCUAUUUGGUAUUUCUUCUCACUUUCUCCCACUUUCCGCCUCGUUUUCCUGCUGUUUCUCACUUCCCACACGCGCGCGAUCACACACAACACAGAGGUUAAGGCUGUAAGGCAUGGAGGGGAGCAAUAGCCGAAGCAGCAUCAGUAGCCAGCGACGCGUUGGGCUUCUGUAUGACGAGAGAAUGUGCAAGCAUUUCACCCCCGACGGAGAGGAUCAUCCCGAAAGUCCCCAUCGCAUUAGAGCCAUUUGGAAGAAGCUCCACACCGCAGGAAUUCCUCAAAGAUGUGUGGUUUUGAAUGCCAGAGAAGCUGACGAUAGGCAUCUAUUGUCAGUCCACUCCAGACAUCAUGUUGAUUUGGUUAGGAAUAUAAGCUCAAAAGAAUUUGAUUCACUAAGUGGGGUUGCUAGGAUAUUUAAUUCUAUAUAUUUGAACGAGGGCUCAUCAGAAGCUGCUUAUCUUGCUGCUGGCUCUGUCAUUGAGGUUGCUGAGAAAGUUGCCAGAGGGGAAUUAUGCUCAGCUUUUGCUAUUGUUAGGCCUCCAGGGCACCAUGCUGAGCAAGAUGAGCCAAUGGGAUUUUGUCUCUACAACAAUGUCGCUGUUGCAACAAGUUUUUUGUUAAAUGAAAGACCAAAAUUGGGUGUUAACAAAAUUUUGAUUGUUGAUUGGGAUGUUCAUCAUGGUAAUGGCACACAAAAAAUGUUUUGGAAGGAUUCUCGAGUCUUGUUCUUCUCAGUGCAUAGGCAUGAAUUUGGGACUUUUUAUCCAGCUAAUGAUGAUGGUUAUUAUACCAUGAUUGGAGAAGGACCAGGUGCAGGAUUUAAUAUAAAUGUCCCUUGGGAGAAUGGCCGGUGUGGAGAUGCUGACUAUCUUGCUGUUUGGGACCAUAUAUUGAUUCCUGUCGCUAAAGAUUUUGAUCCAGAUGUGAUUAUGAUUUCUGCAGGAUUUGAUGCGGCUGUUGGUGAUCCUCUAGGGGGUUGUCGUGUUACACCAUAUGGAUAUUCGCUUAUGUUAAAAAAGUUGAUGGAUUUUGCAAAUGGGAAGAUUAUCAUGGCUUUAGAAGGAGGAUACAAUCUUGAGUCCUUGGCAAACUCAGUGCUUGCCUGUGUUGAAGUUUUACUGGAAGACAAGCCUAUUAUUGGUACUUCAGAGACCUGCCCAUUUGAGUCCACUUGGCGUGUAAUACAAAUGGUCCGCCAGGAAUUAAGUGCAUUUUGGCCAACUCUUGCAGAUGAGCUACCAAAGAAGUUAACUAGCAGUAAAGUUACUCCAGUUAAGGCGUUACCUUUGGCUACUCCAGUUCAGUACAUAUCAAGCUCUGAUUCUGAAAGUGAGAGUGAUAAAAGUCAGAGUACUGUAUCAGCACAUGUGGAGGAGGCUGUUCAAGAUCUUAUAAAACCCCUUUUAGAUAUGAAAGUUGUUGAAAAUAAUCACGAUCAAGUGGCCACUAUUCACAUCCCCUGGAGAUCCGAACUUUCCAAGGUUGACAUUUGGUAUGCCACAUAUGGAUCAAAUAUGUUAAAAUCAAGAUUCCUUUGCUAUAUUGAAGGUGGACAGGUGGAAGGUAUGCGAAAACAAUAUUCGGGUUCAAUGAAUAAAAGCCCUCCCAAGGAAAUUUUGUGGAAAAUUGUCAGUCAUCGUUUAUUCUUUGGACACAAUCAUACACCUACAUGGGGUCCUGGAGGGGUUGCUUUCCUUUGUCCUGAUAGUGACCAGGAGGAUAAGGCUUUUGUAUGCCUGUACAGAAUUACGCUUGAGCAAUUCAAUGAUGUUCUGCUCCAGGAGAACGCUGCUGCUUGUAACACAACUUCCCCUUUCUUUGGGUUGACUGCUUUGGACUCUGUUGCUAACAACAAGUCUAUUUCUAUAGAGGAUCUCAAGGGCUGGUACCAUAAUGUCCUUUAUUUGGGGAAGGAGCGUGAUAUUCCCAUAGUGACCAUGACGUGUUCACUUUUGGAUAUUGAGAACUUCAAGUCUGGGAAGAUUCCCUUGUGUGGUCCAUGCAGAGAAUAUGCAAAUGUCCUAGUUAAAGGCUUGGUAGAAGGAAAACAACUUUCAGAGGAUGGUGCGAAGGCCUACAUAGAGGAAGCUUAUUCCAAACCACUCUGAUCACUUCUCAUCCUUUUUUCGUUUUCCUUUAAAUUUCCAGAAGUAAUUGCCUCACUUGUUUAUUUGAAAACACCAGAUUAAUUUUAAUUAUUAUUAUUUCUUUGGCAAGCAUCAAGAGAGCCUUGUGAUAUGUUCUUUAAUGGCCGUUGUCCAUUAUUAUUUCUAGUAGAAGGAAUAUAGAUGAUUGCAGUCUUAAUUGGAUUCGUCCAGCAACUGGUGUGACUGAAGUAUCAGUGGGUUACAAACCCACUGGUUUGAUUUGUACAACAUUGUGAGGUUUUAGGUGUAAAUUUGGGGUUAAAAAAUUUCAUCUCA